GUUUUCUUCUACCUCUGGCUCAUUCUCUAUUGUUCCCUGUCUGAGGUGGUUGGCUUUCGUACAAUCUCUCAUCCCACCUCAGGCAGUUGAGAGAGAGAUAAAGAGACACAGCGAGAAGGAAGGACAUUUAAAAUGCGUGAAUGUAUCUCCAUCCAUGUUGGCCAGGCUGGUGUCCAGAUGGGCAAUGCCUGCUGGGAGCUGUACUGUCUCGAACAUGGCAUCCAGCCCAAUGGCCAUAGACUGGACGGCAAAAGCAACGCGGAGGCUGACGACUCAUUCGACACCUUCUUCUGUGAGAUGGGGUCUGGGAAACAUGUGCCCAGGGCGAUCUUUCUGGACCUGGAACCAUCUGUGAUCGAUGAGGUCCGUACUGGUGCCUAUCGCCAGCUCUUCCAUCCUGAGCAGCUCAUCUCUGGCAAGGAAGAUGCUGCCAACAAUUAUGCCCGUGGGCACUACACCAUUGGCAAGGAACUGAUUGAUCCCGUCUUGGAGAGACUUCGGAAACUGGCUGACCAGUGUACGGGGCUGCAAGGCUUCUUUGUGUUCCACAGCUUUGGUGGUGGUACCGGCUCUGGUUUCACCUCCCUGUUGAUGGAACGUCUUUCCGUUGACUACGGCAAGAAGUCCAAGCUGGAGUUCUGCAUCUACCCAGCUCCUCAGAUCUCAACAGCUGUGGUGGAGCCCUACAACGCCAUUCUGACUACCCACACCACACUGGAGCACACCGAUUGUUCCUUCAUGGUGGACAAUGAGGCCAUCUACAACAUCUGUCGCAGAAAUCUGGAUAUCGAGCGCCCCGGCUAUGUAAACCUCAACAGGCUGAUUGGUCAGAUUGUGUCGUCGAUCACAGCUUCUCUUCGCUUCGAUGGAGCUCUGAAUGUUGAUCUGACAGAGUUCCAGACCAAUUUGGUGCCUUAUCCCCGAAUCCAUUUCCCUCUGGUGACGUAUGCUCCAGUGAUCUCGGCUGAGAAAGCUUACCAUGAGCAAUUAAGUGUGGCUGAGAUCACCAGUUCCUGCUUUGAGCCGGGCAACCAGAUGGUCAAGUGUGACCCUCGCCAUGGCAAGUACAUGGCUUGCUGCCUGCUGUAUCGGGGUGAUGUGGUGCCGAAAGAUGUCAACGCUGCUAUUGCAGCCAUCAAGACCAGGCGGAGCAUCCAGUUUGUCGACUGGUGCCCGACUGGCUUCAAGGUUGGCAUCAACUACCAGCCUCCCACUGUGGUGCCUGGUGGGGACCUGGCCAAGGUGCAGCGUGCGGUGUGUAUGCUGAGCAACACCACUGCCAUCGCUGAAGCUUGGGCACGUCUCGACCACAAGUUUGACCUGAUGUACGCCAAGCGCGCCUUUGUGCAUUGGUAUGUUGGGGAGGGUAUGGAGGAGGGGGAGUUCUCCGAGGCCCGGGAAGAUCUAGCAGCCCUGGAGAAGGAUUACGAGGAGGUCUGUGCAGAUAGCACAGCGGAUGAUAAUGAUGGAGAGGAAUUUUGAAUUCCAUCCAUCCCCGUGCAGAUCUUUUCACUUAUGCGCUACAUAAAUUAGAUUUGAAUGAAACCACAUUACUAUUGAGGACUUUAAUGUGUUUUCCACUUGAAUUAAUCAUUGUGUAAAAAGUUGAAAAUGUUGAGCAUGUUAGACUGAUCGGUUUGGCAUAUUUAAUUGGAAACACAUCUGUUUUCAUCUAAUGAAAGUAACUGCUGCAGUAAUGCAUUGGAAAUACCUUUGAUGUUCCUCAUGGAGAUCGAGUAUACUGUUACAGUGGACAUGGUGCCUUGUGAUAUGCUAAAUGUUCCAUUUCUUAGUCACAGCCUGCAAUAAUAAAGUAAUUACAUUCCAUA